GCGCAGGCGGGCGGCGCACGUCAGGUGACCAGUGUGUGUUUACCAGCAGCCGCCGCCAGUCUCCUCACCACUCUAUUGCGGGAACACCGUGACCUGCUCCUGUAACACCAGUCCUCUCUCUCUCCACACGCUACACUCACCACUACGUCAUGCGUGAAUGCAUCUCAGUCCACGUGGGCCAGGCUGGUGUCCAGAUCGGCAAUUCUUGUUGGGAGCUUUACUGUUUGGAACAUGGCAUCCAUCCUGAUGGUCAAAUGCCCUCUGACAAAACUGUUGGAAACAAUAAUGAUUCCUUCAACACAUUUUUCACAGAGACUGGUAGUGGAAAACAUGUUCCCAGGGCUGUGUUUGUGGAUCUUGAGCCGUCUGUCAUUGAUCAGGUACGCACUGGUGUUUAUCGUCAGCUGUUCCAUCCUGAACAAAUGAUCACUGGCAAGGAAGAUGCUGCUAACAAUUAUGCUCGUGGACACUACACUAUUGGCAAGGAGUAUGUUGAUCUUGUACUUGACAGACUACGCAAACUGGCUGAUCAGUGUUCAGGUCUUCAGGGCUUCCUAAUAUUCCGGUCAUUUGGUGGAGGUACUGGCUCGGGCUUUGCCUCCCUUCUGAUGGAACGAUUGUCGGUGGAAUAUGGGAAGAAAAGUAAGCUGGAGAUUGCCGUAUAUCCUGCUCCUCAGUCGUCUUCUUCAGUUGUUGAGCCGUACAAUUCCAUCUUGACAACACACACUACCCUUGAGCACUCUGAUUGCUGUUUUAUGGUUGACAAUGAAGCCAUAUUUGAUAUUUGCAAAAGAAAUUUAGACAUAGAGCGACCCACCUUUACAAAUCUCAAUCGCCUAAUUGGUCAAGUUGUGUCUUCCAUUACAGCAUCCCUGAGAUUUGAUGGUGCUUUGAAUGUUGACUUGACAGAAUUCCAGACCAACUUGGUACCUUACCCAAGGAUUCAUUUUCCUUUAACGUCCUAUGCUCCUAUUAUUUCUGCUGAGAAAGCAUACCAUGAACAAAUGUCUGUAGCAGAAAUAACUAGUGCUUGUUUUGAACCAGUCAACCAGAUGGUGAAGUGUGAUCCUCGACAUGGGAAGUAUAUGGCCUGCUGUCUCUUGUAUAGAGGUGAUGUUGUGCCAAAAGAUGUUACUUCUGCUAUUGCCUGUAUUAAAACAAAGCGGAGUAUACAGUUUGUGGACUGGUGUCCCACAGGUUUUAAGGUUGGUAUUAAUUACCAGCCACCAACAGCUGUACCUGGAGCUGACUCUGCUAAAGUAGCACGUGCUGUGUGCAUGUUGUCCAACACCACAGCUAUUGCAGAGGCAUGGGCUCGUCUUGACCACAAGUUUGACUUGAUGUAUGCCAAGCGUGCCUUUGUUCACUGGUAUGUGGGAGAGGGCAUGGAAGAGGGAGAGUUCACUGAAGCCCGUGAGGAUUUGGGUGCUCUUGAGAAAGAUUAUGAAGAGGUUGGCAUGGAUUCUGCCGAGGGUGAAAACGAAGAAGAAGCGGCUGAUGAGUAUUAAAUAUAUUUUGUUAUUCAUUGGUUUCAAAAGUUUUUAUAUCACUUUAUCAUGAUUCUUAUUCUUAAAAUUUUGCAAAUAUUUUGUUAUUGAUCGAUAUGUCUAUCAGUGUUAGGAUAAAAUGCCAAAACACUCGUUUGUAUAUAUCUUUUAUAACUAUUUAACGCUAACUUUGCAGUGCAAAUUUAGUAUUACUAACCUGGUCUCAAAUUGUUUCAUAAUUAACUAUCAAUUAUAUUUUUCUGAACAUUCCUGUUGCUUUUAAUAUAUUUGUGAAUUAAGAAUAUUUAAUCUUGUUAAAUUAAAAUCAAUUAAAUUUAUAUGCUA